GUUUGUCAUGGGACUGGGCGGGCAGCCUGUACAUGGAUGGGUGUCCUUACUGCUGCUUUUUCUGGCUAUGGUGACUGAAAAUGGCACCUAUGGUGAGCACUCUGAAAAUGUUCGUCUCUCAGGACUCCCAGUUGCUUGUGCCGGGAUUCCUGAACAGAUCAGGCAACCAAGUGGGGUUAUAACCAGUCCUGGUUGGCCACUAGAAUAUCCUUCAAGGGUCAAUUGUAGUUGGUGCAUUCAUGCCAACCCUGGCGAAAUCAUCACUAUUAGUUUUCAGGAAUUUGAUAUCCAGGGAUCGGCCACUUGCAACUUUGACUGGUUAUCUAUAGGGCCGUCUCCAAAUUCUGAUGGAGCCAGGGCAUGUGGCUCUACAAUUCCAGCACCAUACACAUCUGUUCAAGAUCACGUUUGGAUCAAAUUCCAUGCCGAUGACCGCAUUUCUAGAAAAGGUUUUCGGCUAUCCUAUAUUGCAGGUAGAAGUAAUAUUAAAAAAUGUGAACGGAAUCGGUUCCGCUGCGACAAUGGAAAGUGCAUUUCGGAAUCGUUGAAAUGCAACCGCAUGGACGAUUGUGGCGACAAUUCUGAUGAAAAGCUGUGCCCCAAGUUCAGUCACCCCACUGAGGUCUCCUUUCAGCCCUGUGCCGCCAACCAGUUCCAGUGUCUGUCUCGUGUCACCAAAGCCUACACCUGCCUGCCCAACUCACUGAAAUGUGAUGGGAAUAUAGACUGCUUGGAUCUGGGGGACGAGAUUGACUGCGAUGUUCCCACAUGCGGCCAGUCGCUAAAAUACUUCUAUGGGGCAUUUAGCUCCCCCAACUAUCCUGACUUUUAUCCACCUGGCAGCAACUGCACGUGGCUAAUCGAUACGGGAGACCGCCGUAAGGUUAUAUUGCGGUUUACAGACUUUAAGCUGGACGGCACCGGUUAUGGGGACUAUGUAAAAAUCUAUGACGGGCUGGAGGAGAAUUCUCGUAAACUUUUGCGAGUUUUGACUGCUUUCGAUUCUCACGCCCCGCUUACGGUGGUUUCUUCCUCUGGACAGAUCCGGGUGCAUUUUUGUGCUGAUAAGGUCAGCGCAGCAAGAGGAUUUAAUGCAACAUACCAAGUGGAUGGCUUCUGUCUGCCUUGGGAGAUUCCCUGCGGUGGGAACUGGGGCUGUUAUACAGAACAGCAGCGCUGUGACGGCUACUGGCACUGCCCGAAUGGAAGAGAUGAGCUGAACUGUACCAUGUGCCAAAAAGACGAAUUCCCAUGCUCCAGAAACGGUGUCUGCUACCCUCGUUCUGACCGAUGCAAUUACCAGAAUCACUGCCCCAACGGGUCAGAUGAGAAGAACUGCUUCUUUUGCCAGCCCGGGAACUUUCACUGCAAAAAUAAUCGCUGUGUCUUUGAGAGCUGGGUGUGUGAUUCGCAGGACGACUGUGGGGAUGGCAGCGACGAGGAGAAUUGUCCGGUUAUCGUCCCCACAAGGGUGAUAACUGCAGCAGUGAUUGGAAGUCUUAUAUGCGGGCUGCUGCUAGUUAUUGCACUGGGAUGCACUUGUAAGCUGUACUCUCUGCGCAUGUUUGAACGCAGGUCUUUUGAGACACAGCUGUCCCGGGUAGAAGCUGAUCUUCUGAGACGAGAAGCUCCUCCUUCUUACGGACAAUUGAUCGCUCAGGGCUUAAUCCCACCUGUAGAAGACUUCCCUGUGUGUUCUCCGAACCAGGCCUCUGUUUUGGAAAAUUUAAGACUAGCCGUCCGAUCUCAGCUGGGCUUCACAUCAAUCAGACUUCCAAUUACAAGACGAUCCAGCAACAUUUGGAACAGAGUUUACAAUUUUGUGCGGUCACGCAGCUCAGGAUCCGUGGCCUUGGCGUCAGCCGAUGGGGACAGUUCUUCUAGCCGUGGCAGCAGCAGAGAUGAUCGGGGUGGCACGCACAGAGGACUCUUCUCUGUGGAGUCUGAUGACCGUGAUGGAGACCAUGACAGAAGGGAUGCGCAAGGAGCAGUUGGUGGGGUCGCUGCUCCAUUGCCUCAGAAAACUCCUCCUGCUUCUGCCGUAGAGGCUUCAGUAAAUGGAGGCGGGAGCUCUGCAACGCCAGCCUCCAGCAGCGGCAGCUCAGUAAAUACCCGGCAGGACACGCGGGUGCCAGAACCAGCUAUCGUCAGCCCAGCUCGCCAGCAACUCGGCAGUGCACUUAGCCGAAUGACUCAAGGUUUGCGUUGGGUACGAAUUACUCUUGGGAGGUCAAGCUCUGCAAGCCAGAACCAAAGCCCCCUGAGGCAGCUUGACAGCGGAGGCGUUAGGCGGGAGGAUGACGAUGAUGUAGAGAUGUUAAUCCCCUCCUUAGACAUUGAUCUUAAUGACUGCACUAGACCCUUACUUGAUCUUGCUUCUGAGCAGGGGCAAGGACUUGCACAGCACAGCCCAACACCUCAAGGGGCCAGGCCAUGCGGCCGCGACGGUCCUUGUGAAUGCUGUGGAAUUGUGCACACGGCUCAGAUUCCAGAUACCUGCUUGGAAGCCGUGCUCAAGAACGAAGCAAGCGACGAUGAGGCAUUGCUUCUCUGCUAGGUGGCACGCGCACAAAGCAUCGGUCGAUGUAUGUUCGGAGCAAUAUCUAGUCACUGUUUUGUACUUCACAGAAACAAAUGAGGGCCUGGAAAGUUCAGGCGGCAGUGAGCUACCCCAGGCACGAGUUCUGCUUCAUGGCACUUCUGGUUAUUACAGUGAAAUGUUUUGUCCGCAGAAAUAUAUAGGUGGAUGGUCCGUGAGUCCUUGGCACGAUGUACAGUUCGUAUAUAGUGUAUGCUACAAAAUGAUUGGUUGUGUUUAAAGUGGGCCCAUCAUCUGCAAACAGCGCAGGCAAGCAUUUUGUUAUUUCUAAGCCUGUCUCUCCCCAGGGAACUGGUGACAUUAGUGCAGCACCUUAAUGAUGCUGUA